AUGGACUUGGUGAUGAAUUUGAUCAAAGAGUUUGAAGAAAUUUCUUUCACUUAUCUUCCCCGUGAAGAAAGUCAAAUGGCGGAUGCUCUGGCUACGUUAGCAGCCAUGUUUAAGAUUGAUGAUCAGUUUCAGAUGAUGCCUAUUCGAAUGAGUAUAAGAGAAAUGUCAGUUCAUUGCUGUAACAUUGAGAAAGAUGAGGAAUAUGGUCUCCCUUGGUAUUACAAUAUUCUUCAGUAUGUGAAGUAUCGAGCUUAUCCAGCUGAAGCAACUGAGAAUGACAAACGAACUUUGAGAAGAUUGGCAAUAGAGUAUGUUCUCGAUGGAAACAUUUUGUACAAAAAAGGAAAAGAUCAGGAAAAAUAG